AUGGCGACGGAUGCGCCAGAUCCACGGAGUUUUCAAACCUGGGAAGACGCGUUCCAGUAUCCAAUUCCAGUGGUUCGCAAGCUUGAACAGCAGCUUCGCAACAAUGCCGACGAGAAUCGUGAGAAGCUGCGGUCGCUCGUGGGAGCAAGUUACCGCAGCCUCCUCGAUACUGCCGAAACGAUCAUCGACAUGGAAGUAAGAAUGGGUCAAGUGGAAACCAAGCUUGCGAAAGUAGGGCAGAGUUGCAACUCGAGGCGCUUGGAGAAGAUAUCAGAUAAUGCGGGGAAAAUGGAUAUUCACAUUCGGAGUCGUGAUGCGGAGCGGUACACGCUUGCGUCCCAACUCUCGGUCCUGCGCAAUGCGCCUCUGGUGAUGACACGCCUCAUGAAAAGAGAAGGGUCAUAUCUGCUCAUUGCCAAAGUCCUGGUCAUUUCGCGGCUACUUCACAAGGCUCUUAGUCAGUCUGCGACGAAACCAGCGAGUGUGGAUCAGCUGUGGGAGAGGCUGUUAUCUGUACGGAGAAAGUUGUUGCGACGAAUCGAUAAGCGACUGUCGAGUGCAAGCGGUGAAACAGCAACUCUGGUGGAGAGUAUGUGCGCCUAUGCGCUUGCUACGAGUUCAACGCCGACCGAUACCCUACAUCAUUUCCACAAGAUGAGAUUGGAUAGGAUGAAUAGCGAGAUCAAGGCUGGUGGAGAUGAGCUUGCGAAGCAUGGCAUUGAUGCGCUCAAGCUAUGCAUUCAGACGUGUCUCGACACCCAGACGAUAUUCCCACGGAGGUUGGCAGAAGCACUGGCAAAGCUGAAAGCACAUCCCUUGAUCCAGGACCCUGAUGUUCGCGGUCUAUAUGAGUUGAAUCUAGACGUGCACGACCAGUGGCUUGGCGACGAAGCGCGGAACUACACGCCCUGGCCACGGCAUGAUGAGUUGCAGCGGCCAGAAGCAGAGCAGAUACUACAUCGUUGGUCCAGGGAUGCCAUUGCGGCUUUCCUAAAGGGCGUUAAGAAGGCACUAGAGGGCGAAGAGCGAUUGCAAGAGGUUGCAGACUUGCGACAGGAACUGAUUGAAACAUGGAUUCUUUCUGGAUCUCGAAUGGCGGGCGUCAAGUCAGCAAACGUACUCGACGACUUGCGCGACAUGAUGAAUGACAAGCUUGAAAGCAUUGUCCGAUCACGAACAAACGGACUGCAGACUGUCGUUUCUGAACUCACGGCUCAACUGGAUACAGUUGGUGCAUCCGAAGCAACCUCGGCACUCAGUCUCUGGGACACAAUAGACAAAGCCUCGGACCUCACCAAUGGAGCUCAAUCAUUCAAGUCCACAGUCCUAAACACAUACCAAGGACGAGACGACCCAGUCAUUAGCGUCACAUCCGCCUUUGACAACUGGAUGGCCUCAGUCCUCGAAGUCAAAGGCAUAGUCAAAAGCAUGAAGGAAGCCCGCUGGGACGACACCUUUGCCGACGACGCAGGCUCAGACUCCGACUCGGACCUAGGUGACUCGAAACAAACGCUUCUAAGCGACGACGACCCCAAGUUGCUAGAAGAAUGCACACAAGAAGCCUUGCGUGAAGCGCUGCAGAAUCUAGGCAAAAGCCUCUCUACCAUCACCAAAGCCUCUGACGAAAAGGCUGGAUGCGAUUCCAUCCAAAAAGCAACCUUCAUCCUGCGCGUCAUCCGGGAAAUAGGGGAUCGCAUACCCAGACUUCGACUUCAAGAUAAAGCCACACCCCCCACCUCCCCAUUUACCCCGGACAUCCUCGAACCCCUCCACGAAGCUCUAGCAUCGUACGUCGCACAGCCAACGCUGGAAGCAUACAAGAGUUCGCUAGCAAAGUCCCUCAAAGUCAAAUCGAAUAGUCAUAUCUUGUGGGAGGGCCAACCGCCACUGCCUACCCAGCCGUCGCCCAGCGCAUUCCGCUUUCUACGCGAUUUGAACGCUAAGAUGACGGGUGUGGGGAGUGAUCUUUGGGCUCCCGGGAGUGUCAGCGUGAUGAAGGGGAGGGUGGCGGGGAUGUUGGUGGGUGUGGUGGAGGGGCAGGUUGAUGCUAUUGUUGCACUUGGCCAGGGGGUUGCUGAAGAUGAAAAGAAGGAAGAAGAAUCAAAGGACGAAGAAGGAGAGGAAAAGACGGAUGCAGAGGUGUCUGGUGACCAGAAGGAGGAUGUGAAGGAGAUCAACGUCUACAGACUUAAGCAGUUGCUGUUCGAUGUGCUGUAUGUACAGCGGUUUAUUGAGCCGGCUGCGGGAGAGGAGAGUGUGUUGGCGCUGAGGAAGAAGAUGGAGUUGGAGGAUGUGGAUGUGGGGAGGUUGAAGAGGAGUGCGGUGGAGUAUGCGAAGAAGACGUAUUUGCUCUUUGCGCUGUUAGCUUAG